CUUGGCACAAAUCCUUUGUACCGCAAAACGAUCCCGAUCCAAUUUGGAGUUUCAACUUUCAACGCAGAAGCAGACCUCAGCCUUUGCUCCGCUCAUAGUACAAUGGCGGAUCGGUUGGGGACCUUCCGCAGACAGGAAUUCAUAACCUAUGCUUACCUUCUCCUCUACAUCACCCUCUCCAGCGGCCAAAUCUUCUUCAACAAGUGGGUUUUGUCGUCUAAGGAAAUAAACUUCCCUUAUCCUCUUGGAUUGACUCUCCUCCACAUGGUCUUCUCAUCUUUCUUAUGUUUUAUUGUCACCAAAGUUAUCAAGAUUAUGAAGGUUGAGGAAGGAAUGACUGCAGAAGUAUAUGUUACUUCUGUUGUGCCAAUUGGUGCAAUGUUUGCAAUGACUCUUUGGCUGGGAAACACUGCAUACAUGUAUAUUUCUGUUGCAUUUGCACAAAUGUUGAAGGCAAUUAUGCCAGUGGCUGUAUUCAUUCUUGGAGUUGCAGCAGGACUUGAGAUAAUGAGCUGCAGAAUGCUAUUUAUUAUGUCAGUGAUAAGUUUUGGUGUUCUUGUGGCUUCUUAUGGAGAAAUAGAUAUAAAUUGGAUCGGAGUAGUUUAUCAAAUGGGUGGCGUUGUUGGCGAAGCGUUAAGACUGAUUUUCAUGGAGAUCCUGGUUAAGAGGAAGGGUCUCAAACUGAACCCAAUAUCUAUUAUGUACUAUGUUAGUCCCUGCAGUGCUCUCUGCCUAUUCAUUCCGUGGAUCUUUCUGGAGAAACCAAAGAUGGAAGCACAUGGAUCUUGGAACUUUCCAACCCUUGUGCUAACACUCAACUGUCUCUGUACUUUUGCCCUAAACUUAUCUGUUUUCCUCGUGAUUACACAUACAAGUGCUUUAACCAUUCGUGUUGCUGGAGUAGUUAAGGAUUGGGUGGUCGUCUUAUUAUCUGCCCUUCUGUUUGCGGAUACGAAGCUGACAAUAAUAAAUCUGUUUGGUUACGGCAUUGCCAUUGCAGGUGUAGCAGCAUAUAAUAAUCACAAGUUGAAAAGAGAAGCAUCUCGAGGCAGCUCCAAUGACACUGAACUUGCUCAAUCUAUACUUGGGGCCACACCCUUGGAAACCAGCAAAUAGAAACAUGCUGCUCCAACGAUGAUGGUUCUCACUUUUUUUUAAUUCUUGUGAUGAUGUGGAGCAGAAUCUACAAUAAUGUGUAAAGAUGUGAAAUCUCACAGUUGUACCAUAUGAGAAGGAAGCAUUUUCUGAAGGAAAUCGGAGUUGAGGUCACAUCAAUCAUUGACUGGGUUACUAUGGAAACAGUGUCUGGAAUGGAACUAGGGUCCAUUAUUUUUUCGCCAUGCAAUUGCUUGUAUAGUUAAUUUUUUUUUUAUUACAUAUAGCAAUUUCUUAAAUGCUAGUCAUUUGGUUAAUACUUGUCUUUGUAUUCAUUUAUGUCAAUAUUUGAAACCUAGGCAUGUAAUAUUUUCUCUACUCUAAAGGUUUUAUAGCUUGGAUCUGGAUCUAAGCCAUUUUGAGAUCAUGCCCUAAGGCGGCAAAA